AUGGGGGAUAACGGCGAUUUUCGGGCGGAGGGCGGGAGAGAGUACGCUCUGAGUGGGAGGAUAAUGCUGAGCGCCAUCGUCGUCCUCUUCGCCGUCAUCGUCUUCAUGGUGGCCCUCCACCUCUACGCCAGGUGGUACGUCGUCCGCCUCCGUCGCCGCCAGAUCCAGCGCCGCCGCGUCCACCGUCGCCUCAGCCGCGGCCAGAUCGUCAUGUACCUCGACGCCCGGAUCUCCGCGGCUGCAGUCGUCGACCGCGGCCUAGACCGGGCGGUUCUGAACUCCCUCCCGGUUUCUCUCUACUCUCCGGCUCCGGCGCCGGCGGAGUGUGCUGUCUGCCUUUCGGAGUUCGAGGAGCGGGAGAUCGUCCGGCUGCUGCCCAAGUGCGGCCACUCCUUCCACAUCGACUGCAUAGACAUGUGGUUCCACUCUCACUCCACCUGCCCACUCUGCCGCUCCCCGGUCGAGCCGGUUACCUGUCGCCUUCCCGAACCGGAGAAGAAAGUCGAUGUGGCCGAACCGGGAUCGAGCUCCGUUUCCCAGACGGGGGAUUCGGACGGCACCGCGGCGUCUCUGGGUGCGGGGAGGAAGGGGAUGGGGCCGGCCGGCAUCAGGAUAGAGGUGCCGCCGAGGCGGGUCGAGUUUGAGACUGAGUCGACUUGGAGCUCUCCGGCGGGCCGGAUUUUGUCUUUGAGGAGGAUACUCAGCAUGGGGAGGAGGUCGGCCGCAACGACGCCGUCGGGAGUGGGGCCCACGGGCGAGUUGGACUUGGAGAUCGGACUCAGCGAUUCGAAUCGGGUUCGGACGCCGACUUGA